AUGUCUCCUUGUUCGACUAUAACGAGCGUUUUGCUCGGUGCUCUCCUACUAGUCACCCCCGGACAUGCCCGCGCUGGUCAGGCUUCGGCUGGUGCACCGCUGUUUGACAGUGAGAAGGUUCAAUUGACAGAUCGCGAAAUUGCGAAGCUCAACCGACAGCAGUCAGCCCUGGUUAAAUUUGGCGAUAGCAAUGGCACUGAUAAGACCACGCUGUCUUCAGGGCAAUGCAAGGUUUUCCCCGGUGACCGCUAUUGGCCGUCGCAGUCUGCAUGGUCGACCUUGGACAACCUCCUCGGUGGCGCGCUGAUCAAGACGGUCCCCCUAGCGGCGUCUUGCUAUUCUUCAUGGCCCGAAUAUGACAGCGCCGAAUGCGAGAGAGUUACCUCGGAUUGGAACGACUCUAAUCUUCAUGCUGCUGACCCAGCCUCGGCAAUGUGGCCUCUGUUUGAGGGAAGAACCUGCCUUCCCACUACCAAUGCCUCUGCAUCUUGCACUGUCGGUGGCUACAGCAGCUAUGCUGUGAAUGUGAGCACUGUAGCUCAAAUCCAGCUUGCUGUCAACUUUGCACGCAACGCGGACAUCCGUCUAGUGGUUAAGAACACCGGGCAUGACUUCAAUGGAAAAUCAACCGGUGCUGGUGCUUUGGGUAUCUGGACUCACCACCUUAAGGACAUUGACUACAUUGAAAACUAUAGCGGCUCCGGCUACCAGGGUCCCGUUGUCAAGCUGGGGUCAGGUGUGCAGGCAUUUGAAGUCUAUGAGAAGAGUAAGGAACUCGGAUUCACCGCUGUUGGUGGCGAAGGCAAGACUGUCGGUGUUGCCGGUGGCUACGUUCUCGGCGGCGGUCAUUCGCCCAUGUCUAGCGUGUACGGCCUGGCUGCUGAUCAAGUCUUGGCCCUUGAGGUCGUGCUGGCCAACGGACGCUUCGUCACAGUGACCAAAGAAAGUAAUCCCGAUCUAUUCUGGGCUCUGCGUGGCGGUGGCGGCGGAACCUAUGGAGUCGUCACUUCUAUUAUCUCUCGUGUCUAUCCUAAGGUCGGUGUGACUCUUUCGACAUUUAGCUUCUCAACUGGCGAGAAUAUCUCUGUGGACACCUUCUUUGCUGGCGUCCGAUCAUACUUGGAGCGCUUCCCCACCCACGCCGACGCCGGCACCUACGCCUACUUUUGGGUGCUGCCCACAGGCACUGACGCCUUCACCUUCAUAAUGAACCCCUUCUUCGCCGUCAACCACACCGUGGACCAGUUCAACACCCUAGUCAAGCCAUGGUACGAUGACCUCCAAGAGCUAGGCAUCGCAAUCCAGCCAAACACGACCUACUACGACAACUACUACGACGCCUGGAUGGCCGGAUUCCCUCUCGAAUCAGUCGCCUCACCAACUAUGAUGACCGGCUCUCGCCUCUUCCCACGGGCCAAUUGGGCCACCCCCACCUCAUUCAACGCUACCUUCGCUGCCCUGCGCUCCACUCUUACUGACGGCUUCGCAUUGCUCGCAUUCAACCUGAAAGCCGAGCUGCAAGAGGGCUUCACCCCCAAUUCUGCAAACCCAGCCUUCCGCCAGGCGGUGAUGCACGCCAUCACGUCGACGUCCUGGACAGAUACCGCCUCCGAUGCCGAUAUCAAAGUCAAGAUGGAGGGCCUCACCGAUGCCGUUGGCAAGUGGCGCGCUGUUUGCCCUGACUCUGGCGCAUACAUGUCCGAGUCGGAUAUCAACGAACCGAAGUUCGAGCAGGCUUUCUAUGGUACCAACUACGGCCGCUUGUAUAAGAUUAAGCAGCGGUAUGACCCGACUGGCUUGUUCUAUGCGCCUACUGCUGUUGGCAGUGAGGAUUGGGUUGUCAAGAGCCUUGAUGGCCUUCCCGAUCAGAAUGGUCGCUUGUGCCGUGUUUAA